UAUUUACGCUGUAUCUACGUUGCGUUAACGUUUCAAAGGUUUACAGAAAAUUGUACGUCCUGUUUCGUGAUGGAAUUACUUUCCGAUCAGGGACUUCGAUUAGACGGACGCCGAGCUAACGAACUACGCCAUAUACAGUGUAAGUUAGGUGUGUUUAGUCAACCAGAUGGCAGUGCGUACAUUGAACAAGGCAACACGAAAGUACUGGCCGCCGUCUAUGGUCCACAUCAAGCUUCGUCCAAGAAAGGCAGCCACGAAGAAGUGACCGUGAACUGCCAGUACAGUAUGGCAACAUUCUCUACCGGAGAAAGAAAGAAGAGGCCACGGGGUGAUAGGAAAUCACAAGAAAUGACCAUCCAUUUGAAGCAAGCCCUGAGCGCAUCUAUCAAGACGGAACUAUACCCACGAUCGCAGAUCGAUGUUUACAUCGAGGUGCUGCAGGCGGACGGAGGAAACUACUGUGCUUCGGUGAAUGCGGCCACACUAGCCCUAAUUGAUGCCGGCAUUUGUCUCAAGGAAUACGUCUGCGCUUGCACCGCUUCGCUAGCGAAUGGAAACGUUCCUUUAAUGGAUGUUUCACAUCUGGAGGAAACAAGUGGAGGUCCCACACUCACCGUUGCAUCCCUCCCAAGUAGCGGUAAAAUUGCAUUCAUGGAAAUGUCCCAACGGUUUCAUCUCGACCAUUUACCGAAAGUUUUAGAAACGGCACUUAGCGGUUGCCGCGAGAUACAGAAUGUUAUAGAUCGAGCUGUUCGAGAGCACGUAACGCAACUGGGUCAAGCUGGAGGAUGGGGAAGCGUCAAUAAAUAGCCGGUUUUCUUUGAAUCAGUAAAAUAAGUAUAUUUAUGUAACAGACUACUUCCGAAUACAGCUAACCGCAUAUUA